ACAAUAUUCCCAAUUGUCCACCAGUGCUACCCAUUCAGAAUUAUCCGGACCAGUGCUGCCAGAAAACUUUCGAUACCAGUACUCGAUACUUUUUGUUGUAGUUGUACAUUUUUCGCCAAAAAUAAUAAUAAAAAGUGAAAAAUUUUUUUUGUUAAUACACUUUUUUUGUUGUACAAAGAAAAAAUGUUAUUAAACUGAUUGGCCGCCCAGCAUCGACGUCGGAUUAUCGUCCCCCCAUCCAAAAGGAAUAAGAACGGCCGCCAGGAACGACAAAAGUGCAAUAAUAAAUACGUGCUAGUGCUAGCGCUGCGCCUCUCGCUUUAACCGCCAAACGCUCCUCCGCCACUAACCCAAUACGAUAAACCGCACACGCCAAGCCAAGCCAAGCAAAAUAACUCAUCCCCCCCAGGAAGAGGAAGUGAAAUGAUAAAGUCUACCACGAACCCACAGGAACAGCGUUUGCCACGCCCCGAGGAUCAGGAUCUGGAUCAGCAGCACCAGCAUCAGCCACAGCCACCACCCCCUUCCACUACCGCCACCACCACCACCACAUCCGCGUCCUCCCCUACAGCUGCCACGCCCACAAGUCACCAAUCAACCGCCGCCAUGGAUACACUGAAAACCGCCUUUCUGCCCAAUCUCAGCAUGGAUCCCAAUGUGCACGUUAACCCGCACUACUGUCCCAUGUGCCACCAGCAGUUCGAGCGGCCCCAACACGCCGCGGAACACAUGCAGCUGUGCCACGGGAUAACGAUAAAUGCCCAAGGAGCCAUCACCACGCUGGAGGCUGCCCAGCAGCAGCAUCAGCAACAACAGCAACAGCAACUAAAGCCUCACACUCAUGCGUGCUUCAACUGUGAUGAGAAAUUCGGUAAUGCCGUGGAGCUGGACGAACACCAUCGGCUGGCCCACCAGGCGUCCGCCUUUCUGGCCCGCUGCCUUGUGUGUAGCAUCUACGGCGUACACUCGGCCACGCCACAACCCAAUGAAUACAAGUGUGCGCAGUGCGGCUCCGUGUGCACCACCGCGAUGCUGGCUGCCGGACAGCAGAGUUUUAUGGAACAGCAGGAGGCGCAGGUGACGCCGGACGAGCAGCUACCGGCGAUGGCGCCACGUGAUAUGAGACUGACGCCCGAGGAGCAGCACCAUCAACAACAGCUGCAGGCGGAGCACCACCACCAACAGCAGCAUCAGCAACAACAGCAGCAGCAACAGGAACUGCUGGAUCAACAGCAACGGGAACUGCAGGAGCAGGCUCAGCUGCAGCACCACCAGGACCAGGAUCUCGCCGGCGAUCAGGUGGCGCUCAAGGUGCCUCCUCUCACCGUUAAGCUAAACAAAAAUGCCAAUGGUGCCGCCAUCGUGGCCCAUCCGCAGGUGAUCAUUAAAGAGGAGCCACUCAGUCUGAGCGAUAGUGGGGAUGUGGUGAACGCCGUGCCCGUUUAUGCCAUACAAGCCAAUCCCGGUGUUACGGCGCCAACUACCUCCAGCGUUCUUGUGGGCACACAAACGGUGCCCGCCGACCUGGCGCACAAGAUCCGGCACAAAUGUCCGGACUGCCCGAAGACCUUCAAGACGCCCGGCACACUGGCCAUGCACCGAAAGAUUCACACAGGCGAAGCAGACGCCACGCCCAAAGAACGCCCCUACACGUGCUCCUACUGCGGCAAGUCCUUCACUCAAUCGAAUACACUAAAACAGCACACUCGCAUACAUACAGGUGAGAAACCAUUUAGAUGUGGCUAUUGUGGCAGGGCGUUCACUGUUAAGGAUUACCUGAACAAACAUUUAACGACUCACACGGGAGAGAAACCGUUCCAUUGCGGAUACUGCGAGAAGUCCUUCAGCGUGAAGGACUACCUAACCAAGCAUAUACGGACACACACCGGCGAAAAGCCGUACACCUGUCCGUAUUGCGAUAAGCGCUUCACCCAGCGCAGUGCACUCACCGUGCACACAACCAAGCUGCAUCCGCUCUAGGGCAGGCCAUUUGGUGGCCGCCACAUUCUCGUAGAUGCUCCUCCAUCAGUGGCUCCUGCGGAUUCCUGCGAAGCUGACGCCAAAGCCAAAGGCAACACCAUCGCCAUCGCCAACGUCAAUGCCAAAGCCAACGCCGUAGCCGAUGCCGAUUCCAAUCCAAAGAAGCCAACGGAUAGGAGCACCAACGGAAGUGGAACCGGGAACAGCAACCAAAAUGAAAGACCUUUUCAAAGACGAGACACACACUCACUAUAGAAACAGAAAACUGAAGCGGAUGCAACGCAAUCAACGACUGGCAUAGCUCUUCACACAGCUGCUAGAUAUUAAAUUAGAUUUUCAUUUCGGUAUAACAGACGCAAAAUCAAAGUGUUUUACUAAACUAGCGUGUACCGUUCUUAGUAUGUUUAAGUUAAAUGCAAGCGAUUAAUGAUUUUUCGACUUUUGAUUAUUAUUUGGUUAUGUAGAUGUUUUGCAAUUUUAUUUUUAUACACAACCCUAUGUAUAUCGUAUAUUAUAUAUUUUGUUAUUCUAUGAGAUUUUAUAUGGUGACUCCUUAGCGCACACUCACACGCGCAACGGACUAUACACACAUACCCCCAACACACACCCACACACACCCCCAAG